AUGAUAUCUGCCUCUCACUUGCUGCCUCAUCGGGCUACCCUGGGAAUCCGGGUUGUCCAAAGAUUGCAUCGGACCCAUGGGAUGCAGAUUAUGGGGAUCCGACCUCAAUGCAUGUCCACGUUGACCAAGUUCCCUGUCAUGGCCCAGUUCUCAACCAGAAACAAGAUAGGUCUGCCAAAAUGUGUGCCAAAGACAUCGAUUCUUCAACAAAGGUGGUCAACCUCGAAAACACCCGAACCUGAAAAACCAACCAUUAAGCCCAUUCUAUCCAAGAUCCCCUUGGCUAAAGCCCAUGAGAACAUUUACACUGUCCCCAAUAUCUUGACCUUUACCCGACUACUGGCAGCACCCAUGGUUGGAUAUCUGCUUGUUCACGACUACCAUGCUGCUGCUUUAUCUCUAUUUGCUUAUGCAGGUCUUACUGACCUGGUUGAUGGAUAUAUUGCCCGGAAGUAUAACCUACAGACAGUCGUGGGCACAAUCAUUGACCCCAUGGCUGACAAGCUCUUGAUGACGAUCGGCGUAGCCUGCCUAGCGGUGAACGGAUCUCUUCCGAUAUGGCUGGCCGUUAUUAUCCUAGGACGAGAUGUCGGUCUGGCCCUUUCGGCCAUCUAUUACCGUUGGAUUUCUCUGCCGGCCCCGAAAACUAUGGCUCGGUAUUGGGAUUUUUCACUUCCUUCGGCCGAAGUAAAGCCUACUGAAAUCUCGAAGAUCAAUACUGCACUGCAGUUGGUGUUGGUUGGCAGUGCCAUUGCAUUUCCAGUUGUUCCCGAGGCUGUGAUUAGUGCAUGGCAUUUGAGUGAGGCCAUGACUGGAUUUCAGUACCUUGUGGCAGGCACAACUCUAUGGUCGGGCCUGAGUUAUGUUUUCUCCAACAAUGCGGUGAAGAUCCUUAGUAAUGAGGAGAUUCAAAGACGGAUUGCCCAAGCAGCCAAACGCAAGUAG